UCAUCAACGGGCGCCGGACUUACGGUUUGCGGGAAGGACUGCUGGGCGGCGUAGAAGUUCGGUGGCUUCGAGACAACUGGGGUGUCUCGGCGUCACCAUGGAGAAUGGAUCCAGGCCAUCGCUAGGCCAGGUCAUCCUGCUGGGCACCAGCUCGUUGGUCACCGCUGUGCUGUACUCCAUAUAUCGGCAGAAGGCCCAGGUCGCCCAGGAGCUCAAGGGAGCUAAGAAGAUCCAUUUGGGUGAAGAUUUAAAGGACAUUCUUUCAGAAGCACCGGGAAAGUGUGUGCCUUAUGCUGUCAUCGAAGGAGCUGUGCGGUCCGUUAAAGAAACUCUCAACAGCCAGUUUGUGGAAAACUGCAAGGGGGUGAUCCAACGGCUGACGCUCCAGGAGCACAAGAUGGUGUGGAAUCGAACAACCCACCUCUGGAAUGACUAUUCUAAGAUCAUUCACCAGAGGACUAACACUGUGCCCUUUGACCUCGUGCCCCACGAGGACGGUGUGGCUGUGGCCGUGCGCGUGCUGAAGCCGCUGGACUCUGUGGAUCUGGGCCUAGAGACCGUGUAUGAGAAGUUUCACCCAUCAGUACAGUCAUUCACUGAUGCCAUCGGCCACUACAUCAGUGGUGAGAGGCCCAAAGGCGUCCAGGAGACAGAGGAGAUGCUGAAGGUCGGGGCCACCCUCACAGGGGUUGGCGAGCUGGUCCUAGACAACAACUCUGUCCGCCUGCAGCCCCCCAAGCAAGGCAUGCAGUACUAUUUGAGCAGCCAGGACUUUGACAGUCUGCUCCACAGGCAGGAGUCCAGUGUCCGGCUCUGGAAGGUUCUGGUCCUGGUGUUUGGCUUUACCACCUGUGCCGCCCUCUUCUUCAUCCUGCGGAGGCAGUACCUGCAGCGGCAGGAGCGCCUGCGCCAGGAGCAGCUCCAGGAGGAGUUCCGCGACCAUGAGGCCCAGCUGUUGAGCCAGGCCUCGCCUGAGGACAGGGACAGUCUGAAGAGCGCCUGUGUGGUGUGUCUGAGCAGCUUCAAGUCCUGCGUCUUCCUUGAGUGUGGGCAUGUCUGCUCCUGCCGCCAGUGUUACCUCUCCUUGCCAGAGCCCAAGAGGUGCCCCAUCUGUCGGCGGGAGAUUGCCAGGGUGAUUCCCCUGUAUAACAGCUAGGAGUCUGGCAGUCACACUGUGAGUGUCCCUCCCCCUGUCAGGGUAGCUGCAUCUUCAGGUAGGAUGGAGGGGACACUGGCGAGCCUCCCCUCUCCAACAGCUGGGUGUUGCUUUUCAAACCUGGACGGGUCCCUUUCCACUUCCAAGCGGCUGGUGGGGGCUGUGGUGAGGGCCCCUUCUCAGGAGCUAGAUUCAUGUGU